GGAGUGGACGUAGUAAAAAAUGGAAAGAGAUGCUGAAGUUGCCACCUAUUAGUUAUUGCGAAGAUAUCAGGCAAUCGAUAGAAAAAGAUUAUAACCAACUUUGUGACAAACAGCCUAUAGGAAGACUUCUCUUCAGGCAGUUCUGUGAUUCCAGACCAGACUUGAAAAGGUGCAUUGAAUUCCUGGAUGCAGUGGCAGAAUAUGAGGUAUCUUCAGAUGAAAAGCGUAUAGACUGUGGCCUGAAAGUUUUAGAAACCUACUUCACUAAUGGGUCUGCAGCGCACUUGCCAGAAAUACCUCAGGAAACAGUAAAUGAAUGUAAAGCAAGACUGGAGAAGAACCCAUGUAAAGAUCUUUUUAUGGACUGUACCAGAGUUGUCCAUGAAUACCUAAGCAGAAGACCUUUUGAAGCUUACCAAGAAAGUGUGUAUUUUUCCCGUUUUUUACAGUGGAAAUGGCUGGAAAAGCAACCGGUAACCAAACACACAUUUAGGCAUUACCGAGUGCUAGGAAAAGGUGGAUUUGGAGAGGUGUGUGCCUGUCAAGUGCGGGCAACAGGAAAAAUGUAUGCUUGUAAAAAGCUAGAAAAAAAGAGAAUAAAGAAGAGGAAAGGAGAAUCAAUGGCUUUAAAUGAAAAAAGAAUUCUAGAAAAAGUGAAUAGUAGGUUUGUAGUUAGUUUGUCCUACACCUAUGAGACAAAAGAUGCCCUGUGUUUAGUAUUAACCAUAAUGAAUGGAGGAGAUCUGAAGUUUCACAUAUAUAACAUGGGGAAUCCCGGAUUUGAUGAAGAAAGGGCUAUUUUCUAUGCUGCGGAGUUGUGCUGUGGUCUGGAGGAUUUGCAAAGGGAAAGAAUUGUUUACAGAGACUUGAAACCUGAAAAUAUACUCCUUGAUGACUGUGGACAUAUCAGAAUUUCAGAUCUUGGAUUAGCUGUGCAGAUUCCAGAAGGAGAAACGGUCCGAGGGCGGGUCGGGACUGUUGGUUACAUGGCUCCAGAAGUGCUCAAAAAUGAGAAGUAUACCUUCAGCCCUGAUUGGUGGGGUCUUGGGUGCUUGAUUUAUGAAAUGAUUGAAGGACAGUCUCCAUUCAGGAAGCAUAAGGAAAGGGUCAAACGGGAUGAAAUUGACCGGAGAGUAAAGGAAGACCAGGAAACAUAUUCAGACAAGUUCUCAGAGGAGGCAAAAUCCAUCUGCAGGAUGUUACUUGCCAAAAAUCCAGGGGAUAGGCUGGGUUGCACUGAAGGUGGAGCUGCUAUUGUAAAACAACAUCCUAUUUUCAAGAAUAUUAACUUCAAGAGGCUGGAAGCUAACAUGUUAGAACCUCCGUUCUUGCCAGAUCCACGUGCGGUGUAUUGUAAAGAUGUGCUGGACAUAGAACAGUUCUCAACAGUAAAAGGAGUGAACCUGGAUACUACAGAUGAUGACUUCUACUCCAAAUUUGUUACGGGUUGUGUCUCAAUCCCUUGGCAAAAUGAGAUGAUUGAAACAGGAUGCUUUGAAGAUAUCAAUGCAUAUGAAACUGAUGGUACUGUGUCACCAGACAGAGAGAGGUCUCCUAAACCCAAGAGAGGCUUCUUUCACAGACUUUUCAGUGGGGAGGUCUGUUUUAAAUCUGAUUGCAGUGAUGAUGACCAGGAGUCCUCCAGACUUUAAAACAUUUUACUUCAUCAGAAAGGAUGAGCGAACUUUGAAUGUUUUAUAUCUCUGUAGCAAAGUGUAUUAUAUAUAUUUUUUAUCUGAGUUUAAGGAUUUUUGUACAUUUGUACUUCAUUUGUUUUAAGAUGUAUAUUUUCACUAAAGCUUAACUGUACAAAAA